CCCCGCUGCUCUUCAGUGAGAAGAGGGGAUUGCCCUUCUUCUUUGCUUUGCUUCUUUGCUUUGCUUCUUCUUUGUUGUUGUCCACGAAAACAACAACAAAGCGCACGAACAAGCAAGCACAGAAAGCAGUGCGCGCUGUGCUAUACUGCCUUCCUUUCCCUUUGCUUCAGUUUGCUUGCUUUGUUUUGCUUUUUACUUUGACCCCAGCAGAGCUUUGCUGUGCUUCUUUGCUUCCAACAACAGCCAGCAUCUCCACUCUCCACCUGCGUUGACGUGUUCAUUUUCCCGUCGACCGUCCCAAGCCCACAAGCACCAGCGACCGACGAACAGCAACACCCACUCGCACACAUACACCACACUACAACCCUUCGCUCGACUCAAGCCGCUUCCUCCUCAACCUCAACCUCAACCUCAACCUCAACCUCAACCCCAACCCCAACUUCCGCUCCAUCAGCCAAGCGUUCCCCCCCCCCCUCCAUCAAUCCCAGCCCUUCUCUUUCCCACCAGAGAGAUGAUGCAGACAGCGAAAAGCCAGCAAGCCGGGUCGUCCUCGUCAUCGUCGACCACGGCAGCCACCUCACUACUCUCGGCCUCGGAGACUCCAAAGCCCCCGGAUGAACCGCCGGUCGUUGUCUCAGACUCAGACUCUGGCAUGGAGGACAACGGGCAGAACAGCGCCUCGGAGCCCCGCUCGCCAGUGAGUCCAACGCCGCCGCCGUCGUCGUCGUCACUGACCACCACCACCAUCACCACCACGACCGCCGCGGCCGAUAAUCAACUCGGCAGCACCGUCAACAAGCGAACCCCCACAAUCACCACAACCACCGCCACCAAGCAGAAGCAGACAGGCCGUUGCUUUGGCCCAAUGGAGUGCCUUGAGGAUGCGCUGCAGGACCAGUGGUGGACCACCCUGUUUGACGACAUGUACCUCAAGACUGACGGCGACGUUGUGGAAGACCCCAGCAUCACCGCCGACGAGGUCACCGUGCUGCUCAACAACAUUGACUUCCCGCCAAACGCGCGCGUGCUUGACCUGUGCUGUGGCCAGGGCCGCCACAGCCUGGAGCUCGCUCGCCGCCGCCCCGACAUUCGCGUGCACGGCGUGGACCAGUCUGCCUUCCUCAUCGACCUUGCCCGCUCCCGUGCGAUGGCCGACACCACAGAUGCCACGCUCGCCACCCGCACCGCAUUCACGGUUGCCGACUGCCGCAGCCUGCCGUUCACCUUUCCUCCUGCCUCUGCUGAGGAGGAGGAGGAGGAGGAGGAGGAGGAGGAGGACACGCGCUUUGACGUGGUGAUGGUGAUGGGCAACUCCUUUGGCUACUUUGAGCGCGAGGAGGCGGACCGCAUUGUCCUUGCCGAGAUUGCCCGCGUCCUCAAGCCGAACGGCACCCUGGUGCUGGACCUGACCGACGGCGCGUACAUGAAGCGCAACUUCAGCCCGCGCUCGUGGGAGUGGAUUGACGCCACCAUGUUCGUGUGCCGCGAGCGGCAGCUGGCGCGGGACGGCCGCCGCCUCGUCUCGCGCGAGAUCAUCACCAGCACCACCGACGGCGUUGUGCGCGACCAGCUCUAUGCGGAGCGCCUGUACGAGCUGGGCGAGAUGCAGGCGCUGCUGGCACACAUGGGCUUUCCUGCCUGCAGGCAAGUCGACACGCUCACCGGCGAGGCGAGCGCGCGCGGCCAGGACCUGGGCAUGAUGGAGCACCGCAUGCUGCUGGCAGCAACCCCAACAGCAGCAGUUGCGAGCAAGACGGCAACUGGUGUGGCUGGUGAUGUCAUGACCAGCGCCGUCACAACCCCAUCGGAAACCGCCGCUGCCACUGCAGGCGUGCCCACGCUGGCCCUCAACACACGCGAGCUUGUGGUGGUGACUGGCGACCCGUCCAUGCCAAGCUCGGAGAAGCUCAACCAGCAGUGGAACCCGGAGGACCUGGAGACGGUGGCGCGCAUGCAGGCGGCAGUGAAGCGGCUGGCAGAGAAGAACCGCACCAAGGUCACCUUCCUCAACGCCCACCAGACGCUCCUGCAGGACCUGGAGCGUGUCGCUGUUGGCGCCCACAGCACCACCACCACCAAGCAGCAGGAGAGCCUGCCGCUGGUGCUGAACUUGUGCGAUGAGGGCCUGUUCAACGACGCGCGCCUUGAGCUGCACGUGACGGCGCUGUUUGACCUCAAGGGCCUGCCGUACACUGGCGCCGGCUCCGCAUGCCUCGCCGUGUGCUACGACAAGGGCUUGGUCAACGCCGCAGCCAAGAGCAUGGGCGUGCCUGUGCCCGCGGAGGUGCAAGUGCUGGCGCACGAGGACGUGCAUGCAAGCACCGCGGCGACGCCGGCGUCCAGCGCGGUGCAGCGGGUGGUGGCCGAGGUUGGGUUCCCCGCCUUUAUCAAACCCGCACGUGGCGAUGGCUCUGUGGGCAUCACCACAGGCAGCAUUGUGCACGGCGAAGAGGAGCUGGUGGCCUACAUCAACACCAUCCGCGCCGCCGCCAACGUGCUGUGCAAGGACGUGCUUGUGCAGGAGUACCUGCAGGGCGAGGAGAUUAGCAUUGGCGUGGUUGGCAACCCGGCCUUUGAUGCCGUGAGCGGCGAUGUGGACCCGGCGUCCAUCCGCCAGCUGCCCGUGCUGCGCGUUGACUACAGCGCGCUGCCGAGCGAUCUGCCGCCCAUCCUGGCGUACGAGUCCAAGUGGGAUCCGUCCUCGCCCUACUGGACGGCCGUGUCGUAUGCGCCCGCCACCAAUCUCUCGCCCUCGCACGUGGCGCAGCUGUACAACCAGUGCUGCCGCCUGUUUGCGCGGCUGGAGCUCCGCGACUACGGCCGGUUUGACCUCCGCUUCAGCGAGCGCGACAACGUGUUCAAGCUGCUGGAGGUGAACCCGAACCCCGGGUGGUGCUGGGACGGAAAGCUUGCUCUCAUGUACGAACGCGCUGGCCUGCCGUACGAGCAGCUCAUUGCCGACAUUGUCAACGCCGGCGCCAACCGCAGCAACAACCACUAACUGUAGUGGCAGACACGCGUGUGUGUGUGUGCGUUGCGUGUGUGUGUAUGUGUGCGUGUGUGUGUGUGUGUGUUGCGUGUGUGUGUAUGUGUGUGUGUGUGUGUGUGUCGGAUAUAUGUGUGUGUACUUUGGUGAUUCUUUCGUGAGCGUGGUUCGUGUGCCUGUUGUGUAGCAGUUGUUACAUGCUCAGUUCAGGUGUGUUUCUCUCAUUUGCGUUGGGCUUGUGUAUUGAGUUGUGUAUUGUCUUGUGGUGCCGCCGUUUCAGGCUUGACUGCGUCAAGAGAGCAAGACGCCAACGUAACGAAGGAAGAAGCGUUGGAGAGAAGAGUAAAGAACGUGAACAUUCAACUUUUCAGCCGUGGCGAAAGUGAACGAUGAACGAAGCGCAG